AUGGAACUUGAUAGAGUUUUUCCGAAGCUCAUCGCUCUUGACGAUAAACAGGGCAGCAUAUUCCUUGUUGAUGUUGAGUAUACAUGGAUUCCAUCUACAUGUAAAAGAUGUGGUAACCUAGGUCACAAAGCGAAGAGGUGUCUUCUUCCUCCCAAGCCGUCACAAGACUCAACCUUGCCGUCAAAUUCUGCUUCUAUUAGUGCUGAUAUCCCUACUGUGGAUAUUGAUGUUAUCUUGCAUCAAAGUGAUAACUCUACCUCAUCGUCAGAAACUAUCCAUCAAAAGGAUCAAAAGACCACUGAAAAUAUCUCACGCACUGCCUUAGAAUCUGCUGCCCCUGUGGUUCAAAGUCUUACCAAUAAUACGGAAGGUCUCGAACCCGACGUCCCUCAUGCUGAGGACCAAGUUGUUGCAUUUAGCACUUCCAACACUUCUUCAACAUUAGUAGAUUCACAAUCUACUCCUACUACAACUUCAGUUAUGGAAAUUUCUCCAUCAGCCAUUAUCAGCAGUGAGGUUCAAACUCCAUUUGCUGAUCCCUUAACCACAACAUCUCAAGUGAGUGUAUUUGAGAGUCCUUCUCGUUUCACAGUACUUGGAGUUGUGGAUGAAGCUGAGACAGAGCUUUCUAGUUCGUUCAGUUUGACAAGGGGUGGGAGAGAAACAAAACCUCCUAUCAAAUACAAAGACAUGGAAUGGAAUACGGUUCGAGGGAGAGGAAAGCGUGGCCGUGGGGGUCGUGGUUCCUAUCUCUAG